AUGACUUACUCUUUCGUAAACAAGUUGGAUGUCGUCGGAAGAGAAAGUGAUAAGGAAAAGAUGAUUGAGAUAUUAAUGCAAUCAGAUCGGAAAAACCUCUCGGUGAUUCCCAUUGUCGGAAUAGGAGGUAUGGGCAAGACGGCCCUAGCUAAAUUAGUUUAUAACGACGACAGUGUGAAAGAGCAAUUCGAAUCACGACUAUGGGUGUGCAUGCCUGAGGACUUUGGUUUAAAGAAAACUAUCGAAGGAAUCAUCAAAGAUGCAACUGGUCAAAGCUCGAGUAACCUUGACAUUCAGCAAUUGCAAACCUCUUUGCGAUACAUCAUCAAAGACAAGAAAUUUCUACUAGUCUUGGAUGACGUAUGGAGCAAUGACCGCAGUAGAUGGGAAGAAUUGAAAGCUUUGCUAACCGAAGGAGCGAGUGGAAGCAAGAUAAUUGUGACAACGCGCAGUUCAAAAGUCGCUUCUAUAACGGGUACCCAUCCGGCACAUAAUCUAAGAGGUCUUUCUCACGAAGACUCCAUGGCCUUGUUCAAAAAAUGGGCUUUCGACCAAAAGGAAAAGCACCCACGUCCCGAUCUCCUUGAGAUGGGAGAUGACAUUGUCAAAAAAUGUCAAGGAGUUCCUCUCCUUGUGAAAACUUUGGGGAGUCUACCGUACACGAAGGAGGAAGUACGAUAUUGGGUCCAUAUAAGAGAUAGCGAGGUAUGGAAGUCAGUGGAAGAAGAAAGGGACCUUCUACCGGUACUUAAGCUCAGCUAUGAUCAUUUACCGUCCCACUUGAAACGUUGUUUUGCCACAUUUUCGCUUUUCCCCAGAGGGUUUGAAUUUCAUAGCGUUCAUUUAGAUGACUUAUGGAUGGCUUUAGGACUCGUUAGUUCAACAACGGAAAAAGAAGACUUCGGUGUUGAGUACGUCAAAGAGUUGUGGAAGAGAUCUUUGAUCCAAGAAGUCGACGAGUCCGAAUCAGUAUUGACUUUUAAAGUGCACGAUCUAGUCCAUUCCCUUGCAACGAUUGUGGCACGAAAUGAUUGCUCCGUUGUUGGCUUAGACACUGAAGAGAUUUCGGAAGGAGCUCGUUACAUUUCGUUCUCUAGCGAUUCUUUAGAGGAUAUCUCAAAUUUUGAAGGAGUCCCACCUUUUUUGAGAAAGCCAACUUCAAAGAGGCUUCGUGCAAUUAUACUUCCACUCCAUGUUAAUGAUCGAGUUAUUACUAGAGAAUUUGCUAGAACAUGCCUCUCCAAGUGUAGCCAUUUAUGGUAUCUGCACUUAAGAAAUGGUAGUCUUGAGGAGCUGCCAAGUUCCAUAUGCAACUUGAAGCAAUUGAGGUCGUUAAAUCUCUCUGAGAACAAGCGCUUGAAGAAGCUUCCGGAUACCAUUUGCGAGCUGCAGAGUUUGCUAUACUUAUAUCUUGAUGGUUGCUCAGAGCUUGGCGAAUUACCCAAAAAUAUGGAUAGGCUCAUCAAUCUCAUAUUGCUAUCUGCAACAACAAAGCAAAAGAGUCUGCAAGAAAGUGGGAUACAAUACCUAGAAAAUCUGCAAAUUUUGGGACUCUAUGGAUGCCAAAAUCUACGAGCCUUGUUUGAAGGCACUUCCCGGUGGACUUGCCUUCAUGUGUUGGAAAUUCAUAAUUGUAGAGGACCAAUAUCUCUGCCUUUUGCUGAAUUGGUUGCCCUACAGACCUUGAGGAUUGAUGAUUGCAAGCUCGUGUUGACCAAGGAGAACAAGUCCAACUUUCCUUUGAAUCUUCGUACUCUUUCAAUAUCAAGGUUUGAACAAGUGAUGGAGUUGCUCCAAUGUCUCGAUAAGUCUACUUGCACUUUGGAGACCUUCGCUGUCUAUGAUUGCCCAUGCUUCACUGUUGUACCUGAAUGGCUGCCCAAUCAUACACGUCUCAUAUUCAUUCGCUUGAUCCGAUGUCCCAAUUUGUCAUUUAUGCCGCAAGGAAUCCAAUCCCUCAAUGCCCUCAAAGAAUUACGUGUCGAAGAUUGUGGUGAAUCGAGCGAGAGAUGUCGACCAACAACCGGCGAGCAUUGGCCCAAAAUCGCUCACAUUCCUCGAAUCCUACUUGAUUGUAUAAAAGUACAAUGGACGGAGGAUUAG